UGACAAUACGUAUUAUCUGAUCACGUAGACCACAUACACAACACGUCGCUGAGUCGCAAAACUCACUUCGCAACUAUUUGUUGGACAAUUAAUUGCAUUUCUUGGCGUUGUCAUCGACGCAAAACAUGGCAGAUGCAGCGGAAGACCCAAAUCUGAAGGCUGGACACGCACCCGCGGUCAAAGUGGGAGGUAUGCGUGUUACAAGUCACAAAAAGACGGACAAGAACGCUGGCGACGAACCGGCAGAAGCUGACGAUGCAGCGGAAUAUGAAGUUCCUGCAAAGGUGGAUAAGCAUCAUCAGCAGUUGUUGGUGUCAGGAGCAGUAACUAAGGGGGACAAAGACUUUCCUGAGGCUGCAGUGCGAGCUAUACACGAGAAGCCCAUGCCAACGCACGAGAAUAAUCGCCCAACGCACAGCCCAGGUCAGAAGGGGGUCAUUCACCAGCCCAGGAAGUAGAUCAAGGUCGCGGCAGGGUCGUUUGGUGAUGGUUGUCAUAGGAACGCAUUAGAAACGCAUUAGCAUAAAAUGUUUUGAUUGUAUAACAGCAUACGGUCAAAUUUUAUUACUUGACCAGUUCUGUCUGCAAGCUUUUUGGAAGAAUAGAAAUUGUGAUUAAGAAUGAAACCAUUUUAGGAUUUAUUGUUCUUAAAGUUUUUGAUUUAUGUUAUUGAAAUAAUCAUUUUUGAUUUUUCGCCUUUCUUCUUUAAAUCAUGUUUUGCAAGAUUGUUUAUAUUAGACUAUUGAUUGCUUGAUUGUUAAAUAUGAGAAAUUAAACUAGAAAUAAAUAUCUGGUAAGACUAAAUAAAAAUACAAAAAAAUACAUGUACUUCCAAAGUUUAAAAAAGCUCCAAAACUUUUGUGUUAAAAAAGAGUUUAAAAUUAAUCAUUAUGAUACAGCUGUUAUGUGUAAAUGUGAAAAUGAAUUUACCUUUGAGGUCAAUAUGCCAUAGUGGAAAUGGUGCCUGCCUAGCCUGGUGGGGGGGGGGGGGUCAUUUGUACUUUCCAUCUCCUCCAAGUAAAGUUUUUAUGUCCCUCACCACUAUAGUGGGGGACAUAUUGUUUUUUGCCCUGUCUGUUGGGUUGUGUGUUUGUUUGUUUGCCCCAACAAAGGGGCGCAAAAGGGGACAUAGUGUUUCUGACAAACACAUAUCUUGUUUUUCCAGGAAACAAACUCAACAGAGUUUCAAUAAUUCUCAGGCUUUUAAGGUAUAAGAGCUGACAUGAAAAGUUUUAUACUUAAAACAACUAUCACAAUUAUUUUUGUAUAAAAAGCAUUACUUUUAUUUUGACUGGCAUGCUGGUGCAUUAUGUUAAAAUUGAUUUGAUAUUUGUGUUUAUUACCAUUGUUUUUUGCAAUUGUUUGAGGGUAUAGGCAAUACAGAUGAUUGUUUAUGUUCUUGUUUCUCUUAUUUAAAAGGAUAAAUGGCAUUAAAGUGCAUAAAAAAGAAACUUAACUUUUUGCUUAACUAAAAUUUUGCAAUAGCAAAUUUAUGUUAUUUACAUGGUUUUAAAAUUCACUUGUUUUGUGUUAAGAAAACUAUUAAUUUAAUAUUUUUCAAAUCUAUGGAUGUAUUUUAAAACAAAUUUGGACUUACAGCUUCAGUACUUUUGUGUUUAAUUCAAACCAGAAAUGUGUGUUCACUAAGUUCGUGAACUAAAAUAUGUUUAUUUAAGCCGUUAAAGGUAUUUACCUUAUAUUGUUGUUCAAAUGGUAUCUUUGUAUAACUUUAUAACACUAUGCACUUAACAAUUGUUGCAAACAAUAUUACAAUCUUAUCAAUAAGUGCUAAUUUGGACGUAAGUGCAUGUAUGAAAAAUACAAUCUUACCUAAUAAAUAUGUGUAUUAAACAAUGAAACUUAA